UGUCUAAUGCGUGUUUUGCAACAUGGCAGCGGUCAGGGGAAAGGUGGCACAGAGUUGUCUGACAACAUGUUUCUUAAGACAGACAAGCAUCGGCAGCAUUGCCACCUUUCCUCUCCUGGCGACACGGGGCGAGACUUCGAUACAGACGUCUCAUCUACACACCUAUAGAGGAAGCAGGAGUCCUCUGGUCAAAGCGAUCCUUGGGCAACACCGGAAUGGACAACUGCUAUUGGUUAGCUCGCUGUCAGUCAGACACAACAGCACACAGACUCCUGCUGACCCAGUGCAAACAGUAUCUAUCCCAACUCCACCAAAUGUACAAACAUCAGCUGAUGUUCCGGUCGCCAUCCCAGACACCACAGCUGCAGCAGUUGUUGACCCAUCCCCUGUCAUCGCCCAGCCAAUCACUGAGCAGCUGGCUGAGGUUGCCCCCACGGUCGCGGACGUUCUCCAGGGGGCGGGAGCUGAAGUCCGACUGGCAGAGCUCGGAUUGGGCAGCUACACGCCGGUGGGACUGGUCCAGAACCUGCUGGAGUACAUGCACAUGGACCUGGGGCUGCCCUGGUGGGGGGCCAUCGUUUUAGGCACGGUGAUCGCUCGCUGUGCCGUGUUCCCGGUCAUCGUCAAGGGCCAGAGAGAGGCUGCCAAGCUCAACAACGUGAUGCCAGACAUGACCAAACUCACCAACCGCAUGAAUGAGGCCAAGCAGAGUGGAAACAAGUUUGACUUUGCUAAGGCAUACUCCGACCUGAUGCUCUUCCAGAAGAAGAAUGACAUCAAUCCCCUCAGGGGAUUCCUGGUGCCUCUAGUACAGAUGCCCGUGUUUGUGUCCUUCUUCAUCGCACUUCGGAAGAUGUCCUACCUCCCAGUUCCCAGCCUGACAACCGGUGGGACAUUGUGGUUUACCGACCUGACCAUGUCUGAUCCCUACUACAUUCUCCCGAUAGCCGUCACGGGCACCAUGUUUGCCAUCCUGGAGCUAGGGGCAGAGUCUGGUGUGGACAACCCCAACCUCAAAGCCAUGAAGACCGUACUGAGAGUCAUGCCAUUUGUCAUCCUGCCUCUCACAAUUAACUUCCCCACGGCGGUGUUUACGUACUGGAUGACGUCCAACCUGUUCUCGUUGGGCCAGGUGGCCCUGCUGAAGAUUCCGGCGGUGCGGGACAAGUUUCGCAUCCCCGAGAGGAUCGUCCACCCGCCCUCUGCCAUGCCCCAACAGGACGGCUUCAUCGACAGCAUUAAGAAAGGCUGGAAGAACGCUCAGGUUGCUCAGCAACUGGAGGAGAGGGAGAAGAGGAUAAAGGGGCACCUGGACAUCGCCGCUAAAGGACCACUAAGACAGACAUUCACCCACAAUCCUUUGCAGCAGACGGCGCCUGCAUCAACCUCGUCGAAGUCGGCCGCCGGCAGCAAGCCUGGAAAGAAGCGGCCUUGGGAGGAAACGAUAGGCUGAAGGGAGGGUCAUAGUUGGGUUUGGAAAGAGAUGAUUGGUUGACUGGAGGCUUACACGUAAGCUUGGAAGGAUGUGAUUUGAUGAUGGGUGACAGGCUUGUGGAAUACCUUCUCCACUGUGUAUAUAUUUAUUUGAUUAAAGUGUGAUAAGAGGAUGUGUUGGGGGAGUGGGGGGGGGGGUCAUGUUGCACAGUUAUUAUUAUCAAUAAAGAACAUCGGAUGCCCCAA